AUGCUACAAUGGAAAUUCAAAACAACAUGUCCAAAGAGGUUACGUGUUGAACACAUCAUACUAAAGUAUAAUGAAGCUCAACCAAACGCUAGUGAAGCUCAACCAAACGCUAGUGAAGCUCAACCAAACGCUAAUGAAGCUCAACCAAACGCUAGUGAAGCUCAACCAAACGCUAGUGAAGCUCAUCCAAACGCUAGUGAAGCUCAUCCAAACGCUAACGAAGCUCAACCAAACGCUAGUGAAGCUCAACCAAACUCUAGUGAAGCUCAACCAAACGCUAGUGAAGCUCAACCAAACGCUAGUGAAGCUCAACCAAACGCUAGUGAAGCUCAUCCAAACGCUAAUGAAGCUCAACUAAACGCUAAUGAAGCUCAACCAAACGCUAGUGAAGCUCAACCAAACUCUAGUGAAGCUCAACCAAACGCUAGUGAAGCUCAACCAAACGACAAUGAAGCUCAACUAAACGCUAGUGAAGCUCAACCAAACGCUAGUGAAGCUCAACCAAACGCUAGUGAAGCUCAACCAAACGCUAGUGAAGCUCAACCAAACGCUAGUGAAGCUCAUCCAAACGCUAAUGAAGCUCAACUAAACGCUAAUGAAGCUCAACCAAACGCUAGUGAAGCUCAACCAAACUCUAGUGAAGCUCAACCAAACGCUAGUGAAGCUCAACCAAACGACAAUGAAGCUCAACUAAACGCUAGUGAAGCUCAACCAAACGCUAGUGAAGCUCAACCAAACGCUAGUGAAGCUCAACCAAACGCUAGUGAAGCUCAUCCAAACGCUAGUGAAGCCCAACCAAACACUAAUGAAGCUCAACCAAACGCUUGUGAAGCUCAACCAAACUCUAGUGAAGCUCAACCAAACGCUAGUGAAGCUCAACCAAACGAUAAUGAAGCUGAACCAAACGUUAAUGAAGCUGAACCAAACGCUUAUGAAGCUAGACAAAACGUUAAUAAAGCCGAAUAAAUGGUUAAAGAAGCUGUACAAAAGAUUGAAGAAGCUAAACAAAAAACAAAUGAAGCUAAAGAAGCUGAACGAAAUGCUAAAAUAUAUGAACUUAAAAGUAAAGAACAUGAACUUAAAUCUAAUGAAGCUGAACUAAACACUAAAAAGUUUGAUACCGAUACUAAAGAAGGUGAACUAAACAAUAGAGAAGACAAGUUAAACACUAAAGAAACAGAAUUAAACACCAAAAAAAAACUCAACUGGGAAAAAAAGAGGCUAUAGUAGAAUAUGAAUUGACUGAACUUUUAGCUCAAAAAGCAAAUUUUGAGAAAUUCAAACUAAAAUUCCCACAAGAUUACCAGUCCAUACCUCGAGUCAAUAGCACAGAUAAGAAGUCACAGAAAAGUAUUCACAUAAAUAAACCCUUCAAACAUUUAAUUGUGUUAUUUGACUAACUAUUCGGAUACAUAUUAUGACAUGUAUAGAAAGUAUAGGAAGCUAGAACCAUGAUAAAUAAUGGACAAAUUCAUAAUUUGCAUGGUUUUUGCUAUUUUAGUGUGCUUGGAGUUGUAAAUUAUUUUAUUCUGUCAUAAUGAUCUUGUUGUUUCAAUCAAUUGCACCCUCAAAAUUAUAUUGUAACUCUUCCAUGUUAAAAAAGGGAAUU